AUGGCAGACAAUCAAUAUAGAUACGACACAAGAGAUGAGAAUGGAGAAUGGGUUAGAUUCGAAACUGGAAACGCUAAAAACAUGAAUACACCAACGCUCAACGAUGAAUUUAAAAACAGACUGAAGGAUGAAAAUCGUAAGACGGAUGAAAUAGAAGUUGGAGAGAAACGACCGAUUGUGGAGUCGCCGUCACGAAACGAAAUCCAAAGAAUUGAGGAAGUGAGGAAGAAGAAAAUAAAAGAAUAA